CUCAAAAAUUUUUAUUUUCCACCACCAGAUCUAAACCUAUUCAUAUUGAUCUUUCUUGGUGGAAACAGCGAGGAAAUAAGGACCGAGAUCUGAAAUAUGGCGCUGCCACAGGAACAAGUGGCUUCUCACGAGUCAGGACGAUCUCUUCCUCCUAUUAAUCGACGAAGAGACAAGCCUCAACUAUCAUGCACCCUGUGCAGGCGAGGAAAAUUAAAAUGCGAUCGUGGUCUGCCUUGCGAGUCGUGUGCGCGUCGUGGCCUUUCCCUGUCCUGCACAUACCCAGCCGCGACCCCGCUACAGAGUGGAAAACGAGUCAUUCAUCCAACCUCAAACAUGCAUGACAGAGUUGCCCAACUGGAAAAGUUAGUCCUGUCUUUGAAAAAUGAAGCAGAUGCCAAUAAUCGCACGUCCGCCUCGCAAGGCCAUUACUCUCCCGAUUUUUUAGAGUUACCCAAAAGCUUUGGAAGAAUUAGCCUGGAGAAUGCGGAGACUACUUAUGUUGAAGGCUCGCAUUGGACGGCCAUUCUUGACGGUAUUGCAGAGUUGAAGGACUGCUUUGACGACGAGGUCCCAGAAUCCGCCGAGUUUAAAAAUAAUAGUAAAAGCAUAGGCGGAAUAUCAAACCGUGGACCAGUAUUGCUGCUCGGUAAUUUCCAACAACUUGACAAGCGAGAAAUUUUAGCCUCAAUUCCACCGCGACCUACAAUUGACCAACUAGUAAUAAGAUAUUUCAACUCAAAGAAUAUCAACUCGCUCUUGAUUCAUGGUCCAACUUUUUUAGAAGAGUACCAUCGAUUCUGGGAGUCUCCAUGGGAAACUUCUACUAUGUGGAUUGGUCUUCUGUUCAGUAUUAUAUGCUUGGGCACUUUACAUCAACAGCUUGAAACGUCAUAUUCCGAGUCACCAACAUUACACGAUGCCGGUUUGGAUUUGAUGCAUAGUAUCCAACUCUAUCGAGAGCGCGCAGCCCAGUGUCUUGUCCUUGCAGAUUACACCAAGUGUGUUCCAUACACAGUGGAAACACUAUUACAUUACCUGGCUAUCGAAUAUGUCAAUAUCACUGAUAGUCAUACCGGCGUUUGGGCUUUGAUGGGAAUUAUUGUGCAGAUAGCCCUCCGAAUGGGCUAUCACCGUGACGGAUCUCACUCAUCACGCCUCUCACCCUUUCAAGUAGAGAUGCGGCGUAGGGCAUGGGCAGUUCUAUUUCAAGUCACCUCCUCAGCAGCCGGGCAGUUUGGGCUCCCACGGAUGAUCAAUGACUCUCAGGCAGACACGAAGGAGCCGCAAGACAUCAGCGACGACGCACUUAGUCCAGAUAUGAUAGAACUACCGCCCCCGAGAUCAGAUUCUGAGGCAAGCGCAAUUCAGUUUUUGGUUGCAAAAAACCGACUAUUAUCAAUAUUCAAUAUGAUCGUCGACCUUACUGGCUCCCCAAAGAAAGCGAUAUCGUACGAACAAAUCAUUGAAUUAGACAAGAUUCUUGAAAGACAAUUUAAAGGAAUUCCAGUACCCCUACAGAUGAAGCCAAUGAGUAGAUGUCUUGCGGAUACUGCUGAUAUCAUUGUGAACAGGCUUUUCCUCUCUUUAUCUUACUAUAGAUCGCGGUGCGUGCUUCAUAGAGAGUACAUGCUGGUGGCUCGGUCAAAUAACCGUUAUAUGCAUUCUCGCAAGUCAUGCAUUGGGGCUGCAUUAAAUAUUCUGCAAAUACAGCUUAUUAUCCAUGAAGAAACCCAGCUAGGGCGGCGUCUUUACCUUCAGAAGUGGAAAAUCUCUGCUAUGGUAAAACACAUAUUCUUGCUGGCUGCCACGAUUCUGUGUGUUGACAUCAACUGCCGCGUGCGGGAAACACACGAUGCAAGCAUGAUCGAAGACCAUAAGAUAGAGAAUAUUAUUCAAGCAUUGAACACCUCUUACUCGAUUUGGCUGCAGUCGAGCGAUAUGUCCCGAGAAGCACAGAAAGUGGUGGAGAUGUUGCGACUCGUUCUCAAUAAAGCCCAAAGACUGCCGACGACAGUUGCAUCGUCUUUGAGUAUAUCGGCACAUAGCGAUGACUCUGUCUAUUCUAUAAUAGAUUGCCCAGUAUCAAGUGAUGAUCAACACCCCAUUACAUUUUCUAGGGAUGUACUAGAUCUUGAGAAUGAGCUAUCUCUUUCUAAUCAGAGCUCUAACACGAUAGAAGGAGUGGAGGGCUUAGAAACACCAAUAUGGGACCUCCAAGAUUGGACUGGCACAACCGCGAUGGAUGAUAUUCUCAAGCAGUCUAACAGCUGGAAUGCGUUUGAAAUAUAAGCAAAAGAUUAACUCUUACGAUAGAAUAACGGUCUGGUAGUCUGAUGUAUCCCAAAGGCAGAAGCAGGCAUGAACUAGGUAGAUACAUGGGCGGGAAAUAACAAACGUUGCCACCUAUCUACUAUUGCAGAAGCGAACAGUUUGCUAAAAUAAGUUGAUAACUGGAGUCUGGAUAAUCAAAUUUUUCCUUUUUGCCAAAGCCUCAUCAGUACUAACGUAUUUCACAAGCGAGCGGCGUACCCCCGACUCCAUAGAAAAAUGACACUUUUGGGCCCUCAAUAUUUCACCCCUUUGAUUAGAAAAUAUAUUCUAAAAUUGAUUCAAUCAUUAUCAUAUAUUAUAAAUAAAAAUGUAUUUUAUUAUUAAUAAGGAUAACC